AUGUUCGGUUACCGAGCUGGUCUUUCGAUGAUUCCGAUGAGGGGUCAUUCCUUGAUAGAAGCACAGAGCUUCUACGAACUCGAGGCCUUUGUCGACAACGCCCACUUGAGCUAUCGGCCAUCUCACCUCUUUCCACGAGACCCAUUGAUUGGCAGAAGCUAUGCCUCGGGCCUUUCUCUCCAAGCUCCGCAACCGUCUGCACUGGCACCAGCUAUUGUACAGAUGACUGCUGCGCCCCCGGUGGUGUUGUAUGAAACCAUGGAUCAUCUGGUUCGUAUUGUUGCCAGGUCUUAUGGGCUUCCGGCCGCUUCUGCUGGAGCUGUGGCGCCCGAGACAGCAGAGGAGAAGGACAAGAGGGAGUUUGAGGAGUGGGGGCGGGCAAAUGGGAAGUAG